AUGCCAAGUUAUCUUAAAUUCUUGAAAAACAUCUUGACCAAAAAGAGGAAAUUGGAAGAGUUUGAGAUAGUUGCACUUACUGAAGAGUGCAGUGCUAUAAUUCAAAAUAAGCUUCCACCAAAGCUUAAAGAUCCAGGGAGUUUUUCACCAAAACUUAAAGAUCCAGAGAGUGCUAAUAUUUCAAUAAUGCUUUUGUCUAUUGCUAGAAAACUUGGAUUUCAAGAGAUACAACCUACUACAGUUACCUUGCAAUUAGCAGACAGAACAAUCAAGCACCCAGUUGGGAUUAUAGAUGAUGUUUUGCUUAAAGUUGGGCAUUUAUACAUUCCGGUGGAUUUCAUUAUGCUUGAGAUUAAAGAUGAUGUUGAAAUUCCUCUUAUUUUGGGAAGACCAUUCUUAGCUACAGUUGGAGCAAUUAUUGAUGUGAAGAAUGACAAAAUAACUUUCAAAGUAAGAGAAGAGGAAGUGAUAUUUAAUUUGUUCAAUGCAACUCAGUAUCCCUAUACAAAUAGUUACUAUAAAGUGGAUUCGGUCAAUGAGGGUAAAGGUAAGCCUAUUUCACCACCUUCAACAACGCAAGCGCCAACUCUUGAAACAAAACCACCACCACUUUCCAGUUAUCUUGAUUUUGUGGUUGGACAAUGA